AUGCUUCUAGCCGCCCAAGAAUUUACGACCGCAUUUUCAGACCCACCUUCGCCCAAUGAACCUACCUUCAUUACGCGGCCAAGGCUCGCGAACCUCCUUUCCGAGGAAGAUAGCGGUAGCGGCUACCUGAAGACUCAAGAGCUUCUCAAACAUGACGAGGUGCUCAGUCGGGAGCUGCAAGACGAUGCACCAAGCGAUGUCCAAGCGACGUCGGCCCCGGAACCUCAAGAUUCCUUCGUGACAUCUCCCUUGUCGUAUUCCUUCUCUGCGGGCCAUGUUCCUGCUGCGGACCUCUCCCAAUCGCCGGCAGCGCUGUUCUUAUCCUCGUUCAGCCCGUCAAUGCCCGAGGCCGCCAUUCCUGAAGACGCCGAGGGAGCCGUUAUAGCCGGGUAUACGCUCGGCCCUGUCAUUGGUGUUGGAGGGUUCUCAGUCAUCCGCCAGGCAACCUCGUCUGAAGGCGGCAGUGUUGCAGUCAAGAUCGUACGGCGAACCGAUCUUUCUGCGCGAGCUCGCAAGCGACUCGAUCGCGAAAUGACCAUCUGGAGGUCCCUCAGCCACGAGCAUGUUCUACCGCUAUUCUCCGUUACUCAAACCGCUCGUGCAGAUUAUUAUGCGACUCUAUAUUGCCCCGCCGGCACCCUGUUCGACAUCUUGAAGCGAGAUGGACACCCGGCAUUACCACAAGAUGAUGCGGGGAUGAUGUUCAGGCAGGUGGUGCGGGGGCUGAGAUAUCUGCAUGAAGUGGCAGGGGUUGUGCACGGGGAUAUGAAGCUGGAGAACGUGCUCGUAGAUGAGAUGGGUGUGUGUAGAAUCGCAGACUUUGGAAUGGCACGCAAGAUCGGCGAGGUCGAAGAACCCGAUGCGGAGACCAGACGCCUGCCGUUUGUGGACUCGUAUGACCCUCGUUUGCAGAUGAAGAUUCUGCAUGGUGCGUACGAAAUGCCCAAGGGUAUUGGCCACGGUGCAGAGCGCGUCCUGACUGGCUGCUUGGAACGUUCUGUUCUAAAUCGAUGGACGAUCGCGAUGGUAGACGAGGUUGCUUGGGGCAUCGGCUGGGGUGCAGAAGGCGACGAGGCCUCACCCCCGCCCGAGAUGCCAUCCCGCGUGUCGUCCAAGUCGCGUUCGCGCUCGCGGCCUGGUGUGCGCAUCGAUGCAGACGUGAUCGACGACCUCGAGAGUGUGCGCUCGCCAUCAUGCACGACGCGCUCUAAGAGCCGCUCGCCACGGCGUGCCAGCCGGAGCGCAUCGCGCCAUGCGCACGCACAUCAUCCGUACGAGCCGCACCGCCAACUGCACCAUCAUCACGAGCACCCGCCUCAUCCUCGUCCCAUGGAGCUCAGCUUCUCCGCGCUCACAAACGCCAUCUUGCGCACGAGCUCGGCAGACUCGGACUCGUCUGGGUCCGCACUCAACGAAUCCGCCCUCCUCAUGACGCCAGGCCAACCGCAGCGGCAGGAGCGAGAGCGUGGACGCCUACCAAGGCCUAAAGCACGGCUCCCAGCGGAACUACCGAUCUCAGACUCUCGCUCUGUCAGUCCUCUCGAAGCUCUCCUCACCCCCGCGGACUCCGUCCGAGUGGCCCAACCUUCGGAGGGUCUCGACAAGUCACCUACGAUGAGCGAUAUAUUCGCGCCGUUGGUUGAACCCACAGCGAACGACGUGGACGAACACUGGUCAUACGGCAACGACGCAGACGUUCUGCAUUCCGCGAAGGAACAGCUCCGGCAUGUCCUUCAAAAGGAUUCGCAGCGCUCAGGACGACGGGGCAGUGUGCCGCCUCCAUCUGCGCGAACGCCAUUCCAAUGUCCUUCUCCGUCGGGUCUGUACACGCCAGCGACGCCGAGGUCGAUCCAGUCUCAUGGGACUCGCAGUCGCAGCGCGGACGUGCGCCCUGUCUCGGCUGCGUCGAGUGCGCACGGCCGCGUCGGCUGA